AUGCCGGUGCGAUUCCCUUUGACGCUGCCACCCGCGGACGGACCAACGAUGACGGAGGAAGCGCUGGCGCAGCAGGUGAUGCAGGAUUUCAUGGCAACGCGUCACGCCGGGUCCUCGGUGGAGCUGCUCCGCUCCGUGUUCUUUGCGCGCCUGCAGCAGACGAUUGCGGAGCGCUACCCACUCGCGUAUAACCGUCUUUUGUUGGCGUGGCAUUGGCGCGGCAAGUGGCGUUGCUUUGCGGAUGAAAUUGUGGGACUGCGCUGCUUCCGCUACACGCUAAUGGACUGCGCUGAGACUAUAGAUCUGGAGAUUCACGUCGCGUUCAGCGAGUUGCGGUGCUGUCUGCAUGGGGGAAAUCACUGCGCAGUGCAGCUGACGGACGGCAGCGUUGGCGCGCUACUGCGGGAGCAUCUUCUCCAGAAUGGUGCCUUGCACUGCUGGUGUGACGAGGCGGUGAAGGCGGCGCAGGCGGACGGUGGCGCGGGGGGUGCUGAUAGAGCCUUGUGGCGAGAGACACGCUUGCGCGGCACAUGGGUGCACUGCGGCUCCGCCGACACUUCGUCCAUUGCCUUCAAUCGUGGGUGGCGGCGAAUUGUGACAGGCGAUCCGCGAGGGACCUCUUCAUGGCGGCUAUGGGGUGAGAAGCGAGGGAGGGAGAGAGGGGAGCCACGCGCUGGGGAAAGAGGGGUCGGGCUGCUGCGGCCGCACCUCGUUGUCGUCACUUCAGUUUGUUGA